AUGAGGAAAAUUAGGAAAGGUAAGCCCAUUUUCAAAAUUUAUUGCUAAAAAAGUUUUUUUGUUUUCUGUGCAAAUGUUGGAAAAUUUUUUUUCCAAGUAAAUAAUCCCAAAUUUGCAAAUGAUCGUUCUUCAAAAAAGUUGUACAUUUUAAUAACUUAUCUACAGUCCAGGUUUCUGAUUGUGCAAACUAGAUUUGAGAGAAAAACGUUUGGGACUUUUUAACUAAAAUCUUGAGAAACAAUUUGGAACAAAGUUGAUAAGAAUAUUUUGAAUCCCGAAUUCAUAAAUUUCCCACCACUGUUUCAUAUUUUAACUGCAGAUUUGAACAUAACUUUCUUUUUUUUUCAAAAUUUGAACCUACCAAAAUAUUAUCUGAACUUUCUGGGACAUUUUAUAGAAAGCAUCCUAUGUUUUCUGAUGAUAAUUAUGUAAUUAUGAUUGAUAAAUCCAAUUUCGAAUUUGAAUUUUUAAACGAAGUUUUCUUUCAGUGCGCCGACUACAACACUAUCUUCAUGGGUCAACUAAUCAGCAACAAUGUCACUCAGUCAACAAAUGCCGACCCAUCAAGAAUCGACACAGCCGAUCCACGAAGUCGACCCAUCAGGAAUCUACAGAUUUUAAAAUAAUUUACUUUUUUGUCAUAUUAGUUGUUCAAUAAAUUAUUUUGUUUCUACAAAGUGUACGUGUUCAGUACAAAUUUUGCUCGCUAAAUGCCUUUUUCAAUAGAAAAAAGUGCACGGGUUCAGGACAUUCAAGUGAGCGACGCAAGCAAGCGCGUACCGGUUCAGUUCCCCAAAAAGCGCUCUGUACUAGUUCAGUUCUUUUUAUGUUCCGGUUCAUCUCCAGUUGAGUGCUGGAAUUGAUCGUGCUCGUGAUCUCGCACGGAGAAGGGAUUGAACUGGUACAAAAAGUGUGCUGAACGCGUACAAAAAAAUUUCUGAGUCACAUCUUCAUUAAAAAUACAUUUAAAAAUAUUCAAAAUGAAAAAAAGGAGUAGGUUUUCACGUUUCAAGCAAAUUUGAGUAUUCAUUUUCACCAAAAAUCUUUUUUCCAACUAUUUUCUUUUCAAAAAUCUCAAACAAACCCAAAACAGUCGUUAGCUCCGCCCACUUUGUGUUGUGUGUCUGCCACCUCGCUCAACCUGUUAGUUGUCGGCUACUCUCCCAAAUAACCUUUCCGAAAAUAUCUGGAUAAUUAUCUCUGGUUCCAUUGCAUUUAACCGAGAAAAUCUUUCGCCUUUUACUAAAGAUUUCCGUGCAAAGGGACACUUUAUGAGUGUUUUGAAAUUUUUGGAAUCCCCUCGAAAGAGCGGGAUAAAAAUUGCUGAAAAACUUAGAUAAAACCAGAUGUCAUUUCAAAAUUACUACCUCUUGCAAUCUCAAGUGACUUACAGUCUCGAUAUUUUCAGCCAAUUUUUUAAAGAAAUUUGUCUGAGUUCAACAAUUGCAGCCUGACACGUGAGUAAAAAUAAAAACGUUAUACGUGACCAAUGCCUGACCCAAGAAAAACCAGGGCACCUAGGUCCCUUAAAACGAUUACAUCGUUCUCCAAAAUCAGUAUUCCUGAUGUUCCUAAAGGAAAUAGUCAUCCUUUCUGUGCUCUUCGCGCUCGCUGUCCAAAUAAACAUUAUUGAUGAAAGCUUUGUCAGAUUCUGUGGAAAAGUUGGAAAUGGCUCACCAAUUUCCGGAUCUGAUUUGGAAGGUUUGACAUGUGUUGUAAGGUGGAAAAUGACCGCUAAUGAAGUGAGUUUAGCACGUGGAAGAAAUUGAAUUGUCUUCUUUUUUUCCAGGAUGAGAUUGAAAAUUUGUGCAAAUCAUUGGGGCCUUAUCCAUUGAAAAAUUUCAAAAUUGUUGAUGGAAAUAAACCAGAAUGCACAUAUGAAAAUGUUUAUACAUGUAAACCUUCUUACACUCAAAUAAAUGGAUAUUGUUAUCGAAUUAUGUCGGAUAAACUCAUCUCGUACAAAGAAGCUGAACAAUUGUGUAGUUCUGAGAAAACAAAGCUCGAAAUAUCUGGAAAAGAAGUUACCAGUACAAUUGUUGAUCUUUUUGAUGAGGAUCUUAUUCGAUUAUUUGAAUGUAAAUAUUUCAUUUGAAAUUUCUAAAAAAAACAUUUUUUUCAGUAUUUUGGUACGAUAUGAAAUCAAUCUGGAUUCAGCCAAAAAAUGAUUUCAAAGACAUCGUUGAAUAUAAUGGAGAUAGUCCAAAUUAUGCAAUUAUUUAUGGAAUGGCAGUAUUUUAUAGUAUCGGACCGAAAUCAUUGAUCAAAAUGCCAACAAAUCAUCGAGCUCAGGCAAUGUGCUUUUAUCGACCAGAAGAGACACCAAGAAGUUUUGGAUAUAAAGCCGCGAAGUUGGCUAAAUAUUAUUGGCCAACUUUGAAACGAGGACUGACGACUGUUUGGAGAACUUCGGGAUUGUAUAAUUAUUGGUUUGUCUUGAAAUCAAAAAGAAUAGAAAUUAUAAAAAUUUUUUUGUAGGAUGCAAGAGCAGAGUAAAGAUUUUGCCAUAAAUCAAUGCAAAAGUUCAAUGGCUGCAAUUGCUGGAAAUACAGAAAUCGAUGUUUUCAAUCCAACAAAAGAAAAUAUGAAAUUAUUGCGAGAAGACACUGAAGUCAAACAAUCAUUCAUCAAAGCUUAUUCACCAACAUAUCUUUGUUGUAAUAGCAAUGGUCAUCAAUCAAAAAUUGUUCAUUUCUCGAAAAGUUAUGCGCCAUUCAAUUGUGAAUCUAAUACUAUAUUAGUCAAUAUGAACUCAGAUUUCUACAGUUUUAGAUCUAAAUCUCACGCGGGUUACUGUAAGGACAGAGUUGGCACAUUUUUGACGUUCUCCGAAUCAGUGUAAGUCAAUUGUUUGAAAAAAAAAAUCACGAUGAAAAAUUAUUUUCAGAAAUGGUCUUGAUAAUUUCGAAGUUUACAAUAGACAAGAAGCUCCACUUCUAUGCUCAAUUUAUUUUAAAGAAAUUAAAAUGCGCACCAAAUGUCCAGAUCAAUGGAAAAAGUAUGUAAGAGAAAGCGGGAGAGUUGUUUGUCAUCGUUUCUUUUCGGAUUAUGUAAGUACCUAUUUGCAAAACCUACUCAAAUAAUAUAUUCUGCAAAUUUUCAGAAAAAUUUUGAGGGUGCUCAGAGAGGGUGUAGAUCAGAAGGCGCCGAACUUGCAACUUAUACAACUCAAGAAGAAUUUAAUCUUCUUAGACAUAAUUAUGGCUCACCGUGGAUUGGUGGUCGAAAAAAAUCAAUUUGUAAAAGAAGAGCUGAUAGCGGAGAAUGUACAAAAGAAAACGUAAGUAAUCAACUCAGCGAUAUGAAACUGCAAAAAUGAGACACUUUCUUUCAGAUGGUUAUAUGGGAUAGCCCUGGUUUUGAACAUUAUUCGGACAAAGUUAGACAAGUCAUAGGCGCAGGUUGGGUAGAUCCUAACCCUGACAAUUUACACCAAAAUGAGUAUUGCAUUCACAUCGACGGGGGAACCUUGAAUGAUAUUGAGUAAGUGAAAGAACAAUUGAUAUUAUUCUCAAUUUUAACAUUUUUUCAGCUGUGUUAACAGGCAAUUCACAUUUAAUUGUAUCAGAGAUGCCGAUUAUUAA